AUGGCUACUAAGAAGGCAGGCAAGAAGGUUCCCGCCAAGAAGGCGGCCAAGACGGCGGAGGGCGGCGAGGAGAAGAAGCGCAAGUCUCGCAAGAGGAGCAAGGCCGAGUCGUACAAGAUCUACCUGUUCAAGGUCCUGAAGCAGGUGCACCCCGACACCGGCAUCUCCUCCAAGGCCAUGGCCAUUCUGAACUCCUUCAUGUUCGACGCAUUUGAGCGCAUCGCCACCCAAGCCGCGCAGCUGUCGCGGGUGAACAAGAAGCCCACCCUGACCUCGCGCGAGAUCCAGACCGCCGUGCGCCUGGUGCUGCCCGGGGAGCUCGCCAAGCACGCCGUGUCCGAGGGCACCAAGGCUGUCACCAAGUUCACAAGCGCUUGA